UUUCCCUGCCUGGGAGGGACCUGCAGAUCGGCUAGUUGCGGGGGGUGGCGAGCAGAAAACAGCAACCCCUCGACAACCCACCAAACCCACUACCCCCCCCGCCCCUUCCGCGGCUAAUCAUCCCAUUACGAGCCCUAUCAGCGGGAUAAUGACGGCAAAAGAGGGCGGAAACCGCCCGGAAAGCGCGGGGAUGCGGGCGGCAAUUAAUUCCCGUUAAUCAAGCUCCGAGGUGUCGCCUGCUGGGGAGUGACAUCCCCCAAAACGCCCGGCGGCCAAUGGGCGCGUUCCCACGGGGUGGGUGGGGGGUGCGGGGGUCCCCCAGCCGGAGCGGCCCAAGUUCAGGUUUUCUCCCCAUUUCCCCCCGUUCCCCCCCCGGGGGAGGGCGCGGCGCUCCCGCCGCUGUCCGAGGUGCUGAAGGCUCCUCCGGCUCCGGAGCGACUCCGGCUCGCGGGCUCCGUCCGAGCUGGGCGCGAUGCUGAAGACGGAGCAGCCUUGGAUCUAACGCGCGGCGCCUCGGAGAGCCUUGCAGCAAUUGUUGCCCGGAUCCCAGACUGAACUUUGCUCAUUUUUUUUUUCCUUUUCACCUUUUUUUUUUUUUUUAAAUUAUUUAUAUUUUUUUCCUUUUUUUUUUUUUUCCCCCUUCUCCCCCUCCUGUUAUUGUUAAUUAUCAUUAUCAAACCGCUUCCGCCGCGCCCUCCCCGCCAAUGCCCGUGUGAGCGCCGGCACCUCGCGGGGGCCAUGGAGGGCUCCACCGGGUUUGGGAUCGACUCCAUCCUCUCCCACCGAGCCGGCAGCCCGGCCGUGCCCAAGGGGGACCCGCUGGUGGGCGACGGCCGGUCCCCGCUGGAGCUGAGCCCCCGCUCCGAGGGCAGCAGCGGGUGCCCCUCGCCCCGCUCGCCGGGCCGCGAGUGCCUGGAGGCGGCGGUGCCGCGGCCGGGCCUGGAUGCGCAUCUCCAGCCGGGGCAGGUCUCGGCUCCCUCCCAGUCCCGGACCGUCACCUCCUCCUUCCUCAUCAGAGACAUCCUGGCCGACUGCAAGCCCCUGGCCGCCUGCGCGCCUUACUCCAGCACCAAUGGACCUCACGGCGGGCAGGAGCCGGCGGGCAGGAUGCCCACCAAGCCCGGCGAGGAUUUUAGGGAGAAAAUGGAAAAAAACACCAGCAGCUCCUCCUCGGACUCGGAGUACAAAGUGAAAGAAGAAGGGGACCGAGAGAUCUCCAGCUCCCGGGACAGCCCCCCGGUGCGGCUGAAAAAGCCGCGCAAAGCCCGCACCGCCUUCACCGACCAUCAGCUGGCCCAGCUGGAGCGCAGCUUCGAGAGGCAAAAAUACCUGAGCGUGCAGGACAGGAUGGAACUGGCCGCCUCCCUCAACCUCACCGACACGCAGGUGAAAACGUGGUACCAGAACAGAAGAACCAAAUGGAAACGGCAGACGGCGGUGGGCCUGGAGCUGCUGGCCGAGGCCGGUAACUACUCGGCCCUCCAGAGGAUGUUCCCCUCGCCCUACUUCUACCCGCAGAGUUUGGUCUCCAACCUGGACCCCGGCGCCGCCCUCUACCUGUACCGCGGACCCAGCGCGCCGCCCCCCGCCCUACAGAGACCCUUGGUGCCCCGCAUCCUCAUCCACGGACUGCAGGGCGGCAGCGAGCCCCCGCCGCCCCUGCCCCCGCUGCCCGGCGUCCUGCCCCGGGCUGCGCAGCCCCGGUGA